AUGUCGGGUUUCGAGAUCCCAGGUCUUGGUCAGGCCAAACCCAACGAGACUCUACCACCUCUCCCUCCCACUGAUGUUCUCGUUGCUGCUGCGAGUUUUCAAGAUACCGAAAUUCCCGAUGCUGCUCCCAGCGAAACCAAGAAUGAAUCAGCCCCAGUCACCAUAGAGCCCAAGCCCUCUGAGGGUCAGCCAGUACCAGCUGCAGACGCUGAUGCCAUGGCCAUCGAUCGACCCGAAAGCCCCCCUUCCCUUACAGGCGCUCUUGAGGCUGCUCUCGGCGGGUUAGCUCCUGUCCAGCCAGCGCAAACAGCACAGCCAGCUCCUGCUGCGAACACAGAGACAGUUCCUCUUCAAAACGAUCAGGGCGACAACCCAGAAUGGGAGGUUGAUUCCUCUCCCUACGAGUCUUCUUCUGAAUCAAGCAGCUCUGAAUCCUCUGAUGACGAUUCCGAUAACGAGGGAUACGAGCUUUUGGGAGUCGAGGAGACAGCGCGUCUGCUCAUGCAAGCUGAUGGAGGAGCAUCUGACGAUGAGGGCAAUCAAGGCGCGAAGGGUUCAACCGCUGCCCAGAUCAGAACAAAGAACGAAAUACCCGAAGAGGUCAUUCCUAAGCCUGAUAUUACAAUUACACCCGAGAUGAAGGUCGAGGAGCUAGGCGUCAUCGAGCAUAUCGUGGAGAACAUCAUGCUAGUAAAGGCAUUUACACCCGGAGAGUACCAAGUUCUUGACUCAGGUUCCGUGCUCUGCACAUCUGAGCGAGUUGUCAUAGGUGCAGUCGCAGAAACGAUAGGAAAAGUCUUGCAGCCUAUGUAUACCGUGCGCUUCACUACAGACCAGGAUAUCAAGGAUCUUGGCCUUGAGGUUGGCCAGAAAGUAUUUUACCCCGUCGAUCAUGCCUCGUACGUCUUUACAGAGCCAUUGAAGAACUUGAAGGGUUCAGAUGCCAGUAACCUCCACGACGAGGAGGUUGGCGAUGACGAGAUGGAGUUUUCUGAUGAUGAGAAGGAAGCUGAGUACAAGAGAGCGCUCAAGCAGAAGAAGAAGGAUAAGUGGAAGAAGGAUCCAUCCAAGGCAGUCAAGGAGCCUCAUCCUUUGCGACAGGAAUCGCGACCGGAUGUUACUCUGAACUACGACGACGAAGACGACGGUCCCUACAAGCCCCUCGCGCGACCACCUGGCUAUGGCAGCGGUCCUUCCACAACUGAGACCUACGAGCCCCCAUCGGGCAGAAACUUCAACCAACGGGGAGGUCGCCGAGGAGACUCCAGAGGUCGUGGUGGACGAGGACGAGGUAACGGGCGCGGCGGACGAGGAGGCUUCAACCAGCCCAGGGACGGUUACUCGCUGCCUCCUCAAGGGGCUCAUCAGCCUGUCCAACAAACAGGUCCCCCAGCUGCGUGGCCCGGUGCUCAACCUCCAGCUCAAGGCGCGGCCCCAGCCAUGCCCAAUUUUGGCUUCCAAAUGCCGGGUUGGCCUCAAGUGCCUCCUCAGGGUAAUGCUGGUGCAGUUCCUCCCCCACCUCCUGGCUGGCCGAACGCGCAGGGACAACAGGGUGCGAACGGAGGAGCAUUUGUGAAUCCUGCUUUCUUCGCCGCGCUUAUGUCUACUAUGCAAGCACAGCAACAGAACGGCCAAUCACCCUGGGGGCAACAGCAGCCCCCCAACAACGGUAAUGGUAAUGGUCAAGGCCAUUAG